GUGCGAUCGGGAAGAGACCCGAGCCCGACAAGACUUAUAAACCCCCACGGAUUCCCUCCUCUCCUGCUCAGCUCAUCCAUCACUAUCACUAUGGCGACCAUCGCAACCUUCAAGCUCCCUCCCACCGACAACGAGCCGACUCAGACCUACGCUCCCGGCGCCCCGGAACGCGCUGGUCUCUCCAAGGCUCUCAAGGACCUCCGCUCUUCCCUUCCUCUUCCUCAAGUCCCAUUGAUCAUCAACAACGAGCCAAUUGUCACUGAUGCCAAGGCCGAGCAGCGUAUGCCCGGAGAGACCAAGACUGUGUUGUGCGAGUACUCUCAAGCCGAUGAUUCUCAGGUCAAGAAGGCAAUUGAGGGUGCCGUUUCCGCUCAAAAGAUGUGGGAGGGAAUGGGCUUCCACGACCGUGCUGCCAUCUUCUUGAAGGCCGCCGACCUCAUCGCUACCAGGUACCGCUACGAAAUCAUGGCCGCGACCAUGCUCGGUCAAGGAAAGAACGCAUGGCAAGCAGAGAUCGAUGCCGCCGCAGAGUUGGUCGAUUUUCUCCGCUUCAAUUGCGCUUACGCUGAAGAGCUCUACUCCGAGCAACCCCCCAAGAAUGCAAAGGGCGUCUGGAACAGAAUCGAGUACCGUCCUCUCGAGGGCUUCACCUACGCCAUCUCCCCCUUCAACUUCACCGCAAUCGCAUGCAACCUCUCCUGCCUUCCCGCUCUCCUCGGAAACGUCGUAAUCUGGAAACCCUCCCCCCUCGCAACCUACUCCAACUGGAUCGUCAUGCGCACCCUCCUCGAAGCCGGUCUUCCCGCAGGCGUCAUCCAAUUCAUCCCCGGUGACGCCGAGAUGAUCACAUCACACGCUCUCUCCCAUAAAGACUUUGCCUCCCUCCACUUUACCGGCUCCACCACCGUCUUCCGCCACCUCUGGGGCCAGAUGGGUGCGAACGUCGCAAAGGGCACAUACCGCUCCUACCCCCGCAUCGUCGGCGAAACCGGCGGAAAGAACUUUCACCUCGUUCACCCCACCGCAGACGUCCGUGCCGCAGCCAUUCAAACCCUGCGUGCCUCCUUCGAAUACGCCGGACAGAAAUGCUCUGCGUGUUCUCGAGUCUACGUCGCGCAAUCCAUCUGGGAGGAGUUUAAGGGUCAUCUCGUCGAGGGCGCAAAGGGCAUCAAAGUCGGUAAGCCCGAAGAUUGGGAAACCGUCGUUGGGCCCGUAAUCUCACAAGGCGCCUUUGACAGACUAAAGUCGGCGAUCGAAGAAGGCAAAACGGACUCUGAACUCGAGCUCAUCGCGGGUGGUGAAGCGGAUGAUUCAGAGGGAUACUACGUCCAUCCCACGAUUUUCCUCUCAUCUAACCCCAACCACGCUAUCUUCUCCCGGGAGCUGUUUGGGCCAGUUUUGACAGCCUACGUCUAUCCUGACGCCGAACUCGAGCGGACUCUACAGUUAAUCGACUCUACCUCAGAAUACGCCCUCACCGGCGCCAUCUUUGCUCAAUCCCGUCAUGGAAUCAAGCAACUAACCGACGCCCUCCGCACCUCAGCGGGAAACUUUUACGUAAACGACAAAUGUACGGGUGCGGUAGUCGGGCAACAACCAUUCGGUGGAGCGCGUAUGUCUGGUACGAACGAUAAAGCUGGGUCGAAGGCAGCUUUGGGGAGGUUCGUGAGUGGGAGGGUCGUCAAGGAGAAUUUGAGUGGGGUUGCGGAGGAGAAGGUUGGGUAUGCUUCUAAUUUGGUUGAGUAA